UACUUAAUCAUAAAAUGUAUAAAUAGGGUGGUAACGGAAAAAAGGGGUUCACUCUGUUUGUGAAAGCUGACCAAUAAAAGCGAUAUCACUAAGUCUAUUUUUAAAUUAUACCGCUGCUGCUGCUGACCUGACUCCUGUUUCAUCUCAGAAGUGGGAUCAGGUGGGACGAAGACCAAAUUUUUUUUUCCUUUCCAACACCAUGAUGGGUCCAUAUCGCUGUGGCUUGGGAAAGAAGAGGCCGAAACCCGUCGAGACAUCAUCUGAUGAAGAGGCAAACGAAGGUAGUGAGACCUGUCCCUCUCCACGUCCACUGGUUACAAGCAAGAAGAGGAGAAUUAACCAUCUCGAAGCGGAAGUCAUACCAGAACUCGACCCAGGUAAGAAAACGACAAAUGUAAAGGGCUGGCUAAGUAAGAUUGACCAGCUCGGAGAUAUGUAUUCCUGGGACGAGAAAGAUCGUAUCUUCGUGAUGCAAAUUCGCCUUCGUGGUGCUGCGAGGGAGUGGUACGACGAAUUGGAGGACUACACGGCCACGUGGUCGCAGUGGAAGCAAAAUCUAACGUGCGCCUUCCCACGCUCCACGGAUUACGUCGAUCAGCUGGAAGAAAUGCUAGCGAGGGUGAAGAACAACGACGAAACCAUGACGAGGUACUUCCAUGAAAAGAUGUCCUUGAUCAAGAAGUGUGGGCUGAAGGGCGACGCGGCUACCUCGUGUCUUAUUCGUGGGUUGCCCGUUGAAUUGCGACCGAAUGCGAAGGCCUACAAUUGCGAAACACCAGAACAGCUAUAUUUCGGGUUCCUAUCAUCGCUCGAAAACUACAAAGCCGUUGGUACAAAAAUGGCGGAGCAAACGUCGAGCUGGCGUCGUGGGACCGUUUUGCCAAAAACUUGCUACAACUGUCGCAAAACCGGUCACGAAGCCAGGGACUGUCGCAUCACUCGCUGCCAGAUCUGUCAACGCUUGGGCCACAGUUCCGGUGCCUGCUGGUAUGCUGCUGGGGCGACGGACGACGCGCUCCGACGGUACGCAUCACAAGACCAGCGCGGCAGUGUGCAGGUACAAAAGAAUAACGCAAUGAAAACCAACCAAUUUGCCGUGGGACACAGCAAAGUGCAGGAUGGCCGAGUGUUACAAAACUGACUUGCAGUGAUGACACCUUUAUUAAUAUUACU